UAUUUGCAAAUUGAAUUCGCUAUACAUAAUGGAUUUAUUGGCCAUAGCUCUCGACAGUUGAUAAACUCAAUUUAUCCGAAUUAUCAUAAUUAUAGUAUUGUGUACAACCGGUACAACCAGAUCAUACAUUGCAUCAAGAAACUCACAAAUUACGUUAGAACUCUCAGCACUUGAAUGUCUCUCCAAUAGACACCUACCACAUGUACCUAAUAAGUCCCUAUAGCUAAGUAUAUGUGCUUUAGGUUGGCGAGACACGCAGUUUGCAAAUACUCGCAGUUUUAGAGAAUCAGUUGAUAACACACUCCUCUCGUGGUAGGACGUUCCGUUUUAGUGUCAAGUUUUCGUCAAAUUCAAAGUGAGUUUAAAAAAAACUGCAAUGUACUCAUCAAGCAAUGGAACACCGACGGAGGCUGCCUCGUUGGUCCGUGUGGUGGAUCUCCGUUCCGAUACCGUAAGUGUUCCGACGGCAAACAUGCGCAAGGCUAUGUUCGAAGCCGCCAUUGGGGACGACGUUUACGGGGAGGACCCCACAGUGAACGAGCUCGAACGGCGAGCAGCUGAGCUGUUGGGAAAGGAGGCGGCUCUGUUUGUGCCGAGUGGGACCAUGGGCAACCUUUUGGCGGUGAUGGUUCACUGCAACAGGAGGGGCUCGGAGGCUAUCGUCGGAGACAUGGCUCACGUGUUUUUGUAUGAGCAAGGUGGGUCCGCGCAGCUCGCUGGUGUUUUACUCAACAACAUCAAAAACAAAACGGACGGAACGUUCUGCCUGGCGGAGCUGCGUAACAAAUUUCGCGGCUAUGACGUGCAUGAGCCAAAUACGGAGCUGGUAUUGAUUGAAAACACGCACAAUAUAUGCGGUGGGAAAGUACUGCCUUUGCAGUGGAUAGAGGAUCUGUCCAAAAUUUGCAAAGAAAAGUGCGUAAAACUUCACAUGGAUGGAGCACGCGUUUUCAAUGCAGCGGAAUACCUGAAGGUGCCGGUUUCCCGAGUGGUACGCGAUGUCGACUCAGUUUGCUUCUGCCUUAGCAAAGGCUUAGCAUGCCCCGUGGGAUCGAUGCUGGUUGGAUCGAAAGAAUUCAUAAAACAAGCACAUCGUCUACGCAAAGCCCUCGGCGGGGGUAUGAGACAGGUAGGGUUCCUAGCGGGAGCCGCAUUGGCGGCCCUGGACGAAAUAGUGCCUAAGCUCGGCAUUGAUCACGAUCGUGCAAGAAGGAUUGCGAAAGCUAUCCACAGUAUGAAUAGUCCCUUGUUCACGGUGGAUCUGGAGAACGUCCAGACAAACAUUUUGAUGGUGCAGAUACUGAACGCAAACAUUAAAUCAUCUGACUUCACCGAACGGUUGUUGGAAGUUAAACCGAAUGAAAUUGACAGCGGACUCACCGAUAGCUCCGGAAAGGGCAUUAGUGUUAAGUUGAGUGCACGUGAUUGGGCAUUUGCGCGAAUUGUAGUGUACACAAACCUAACGGACGAGGAAGUGGAUCUGGCCAUUCGUAAAAUUAAAUACGUCAUCGAAGAAUACCAGACAGCACUUCUAUAGACGUAUAAAGGAUCUUUAAUAAAUUUUAGUUCGGAUAGAAAUGAAAA